AUGUCCUCAGAACCCCCCUCAAUCAGAACACCGGAUCAGGACUUGGACCUGAACAAUAUGGACGGCGAUGCUCUCUUAGCACAGCCCAAGUUCCAGGAGAGUCUAAAGUUCCUCGGUGACGUGAAACAGAAGCGAUUCGAGGCAACCCAGCCGGAGGUAUAUCCGGCCUUUAUUCGAGCUCUUAGUACUUUCAACCAAGCAGCACCAAAGACCCAGGAGGAAGCGGAUAGGAACCUGGCGGAGAUCCACACCAAAGCAACAAUGCUAUUUCAAGGACACCGGGACCUAUUGGAGAGAUUUGAGAGUAGUCUCCCAUCAGAUUAUUUUCAUCAGAGUGUAAAGACGGAAAGCUAG